AUGAAUAUUGACGACAUGAUUGGCAACGACAAAAUGCAUUCUUUUUGUUUACCUGUUGAAUCAUGUGUGGUUUGUGGAGAUCGAGCAUCAGGCCGACAUUAUGGAGCAAUAAGUUGUGAAGGAUGUAAAGGUUUCUUUAAAAGAUCUAUUCGUAAACAACUAGGUUAUCAAUGUCGAGGUACCAAAAUGUGUGAAGUAACAAAAAAUCAUCGUAACCGUUGUCAAUAUUGUCGUCUUCAAAAGUGCCUGACCAUGGGAAUGAGAAGUGAUUCUGUGCAACAUGAAAGGAAACCAGUUACAGAUAGAAUAGAAUCUAUCCAUAAUAUGUCAACUAGCCCAGACAAUAAUAAUAUUCCUACAUUUUCAUAUGGAAAUAAUUCAUUUAUUAAAACUGAAAUGCCAUUUAUCAAAAGCGAAAAUCAUUUCAUCAAAACAGAAAUCCCAUAUGUAGGAAAUCGUUCCGUAUAUAAUGAUCAAACAGCAUUGAAUUUACUCCAAACAUCAAAUGAAAAUGAUUCUUCUAUUAGAAAUCAGAAUUAUAUGGAUUAUUAUAUGGCCGAAGACGAAGACUCAUCAGUUAGCCAUUCUCCAAAUAAUGAACAGGAUAUUAAACCAUUUAAUCAAGACAACAAAAGCCUAUUAGUACUUACACUGGAUUCUAUGACAAAUGCUACACAACAGAACUCCAAUGGUACUGAUUCAUCAUAUGAAGUUGAAGUGCAGAGUAACAAUGUCUUAGAUAUUUCUGAAGAUGUAAUGCCAUCUGUCAAUGUUAAUUUUCCAUUUCAAUCACCGAGUCCUAAAUACGCAUACUUAAAUCUACAUUUUAUCUGUGAAAGUGCUUCAAGAUUAUUGUUUCUGUCUAUAAAUUGGGUUCAGAGUCUUCCAGUUUUUCAGCUUCUAACAUUUGAAGUACAACUUAGUCUGCUAAAAAGUUCUUGGUCACAACUGUUUAUUUUGGGUUUAACUCAAUGCGCACAAGCAUUAUCAUUGAUACCAGUACUUAGUUCUAUGAUUACCCAUUUACAAAAUGAUGAAAUUCACAACUCACCCAACUCCAGUAAAGCUAAAGAGCUCAUUGAUUACCUCAAUAGAAUACAAGAUUAUAUUACAGAAAUGGAAAAUAUUGAAGUGAAUGAUGUUGAAUAUGCAUAUUUGAAAUUAAUAUCCUUAUUUAACACUGAUAAUCCUUCUGAAAGACAACAGUUAUACAAACUACAAGAAAAAGCUGUCAAAGAAUUGAAACAGCAUUUAAUCAAAGAAUGCAAUGAUGAACACCGUAUAGCCAUAUUAUUGUUACGACUUCCAACUUUACGAUCAUUACAACCUAAUAUCAUAGAAGAAAUAUUCUUUUCUAGUUUGUUGGGUAGUUUUCAAAUUGAUGCAGUUAUACCUCAAAUUUUAAAACUAAAAUGUUCUAGUACAGAGUAUGAAGAUUUUGUUUCAAAAAACUUUGUAUCAUAA